UAAUUAGCUUCUUAUAUAUUCCCUUGCAGUCGAAACCUAGCAACUGCGAUUACUUCAAACCAAAUAAGUUGAUCGAUAUCAGAUCAAGAUCUCGAAUACGAAGUCCACAAUGAAGCAACUAUUUCAAAACUACCGAGACGAUGAGCGGAGGAUUGGCGAGAAUUACUUGUCCAGUAUUCAGGACUUCAACUGCAACAGCAAGCCAUUGAUUAAUAUGCCCACGAUGCUUGGCGAGGAGAACAUUAACUACGCCCACAUCAUUGUUAUCUACUUAACAGCUUAGACACAGCUAGUAGAAAGUCGACUCUAAAAGUGAUUCUCCAUAUCAAAAUCGAAAACUUUACAUUUCCAUAUGCGUUGCUAUGCGUUCUGAAUUGUCGUAAUUGUCCCAAAUGUUUUAAUUCAGAUCGGUUGCAGGCAAUCCAUUAUUAACCUUUUUUGAAGGGUGUGGGGCUUAACCUUAUUGACGCAGCGAAUCAUGUACGAGACGAGAGAAUUGUCUCAUGACUGCAUACAGAAUAUUAGUCCUGAUAACCACAAGUGUGAAAGGAUAUAAGUGGCGCGAGAUGUCUGGAAUUUUUGGCGUCGAGACGAAUAGCCAAAUAACAUUUUCGUUAAGUUGAAGUUAUCAUUAUCCAGCCUGCGGCAUUUAUAUUUCUUAUUAUUAACAUUUAGGCUAGGUAAUUUAGUGCUAUGACAAAAUAGGUGUUGUUUAUUGGUAACGGAACUUGGGUGGCUAUAUAGCUUUUCAUAGCUUAAUGUAUAUAUUUUGUUCUGUUUUAAUCGUGAUUAUUAUUUUUUUAGUAUUUUCUUUAUUUUACUUUUUUACUAUUCAUUUAGGAUAAAUUUUGGAAUUAUAUUUAUUCUUGCUUUAAGUCAUAACUCAAGGCGUUAAGAAGUAAUUCUAUGUUGCAGUUAAUUCUAUUAAAGUAUUGUAUUUUACUCGUAGAGUAAAAG